AUGCUGAAACGGACAGCGGGUGGGAUCUUGUCGAAGAGCCCCAACGAUGUGGUCGUUCUCUCUGCAGUGCGAAGUCCCAUUACCCGGGCGUUCAAGGGCGGAUUUAAAGAUGCCUAUCCCGAGGACAUUCUGAUGCCAGUCAUGCAAGCUGCUGUCCAGCGCGCCAAUAUCGAAGCAGGGCAAGUCGACGAUGUCCUGAUUGGAAAUGUCCUCGCCGAACUGGGGUUCGCAAAAACCGGUCGCAUGGCACUUAAUGCCGCAGGUUUUCCAAACACAACAACUUUCCACACCGUCAACAGACAGUGCUCGAGUAGUCUCCAAGCAAUUACGCACGUUGCGCAUGCAAUACUUGCCGGUCAAAUUGAUGUUGGGCUCGGUGGAGGGGCGGAGAGCAUGUCUCGCAAUUACGGGACUAGAGGCAUUCCAGUGGACGUAUCUCCUGCGCUGACAGAAUCGCCCAACAAGGAUGCGCGGGAUUGUCUUCUUCCUAUGCUCAAGACCUCGGAAAAUGUCGCCUCACGAUACGGGAUUGGGCGACGAGAGCAGGAUGAGUUCGCGGCAGAAAGCCAACGCCGUGCAACCGACGCGCAAAGGUCCGGUCGAUUUACUGCAGAGAUCGCACCUGUGACGACACGGGUCAUCAGCACAGGGAUUGACGAAGAGUCAGUUCAAGUUGUCGACCGUGAUGAAGGCAUUCGUCAGAAUGUAACCGUGAAUAAACUGGGAACUCUCAAGCCGGUUCUCGAUGGAGGGUCCAGUACCGCGGGGAACUCGUCGCAGAUUUCCGAUGGUGCGUCAAGUACUAUUCUCGCCCGCAGAUCUUGGGCUGAGGCUCAAGGUCUGAAACCGAUCGCCAGAUUUGCCGGUACCAAAGUCGCUGGCUGCGCGCCCGACGAAAUGGGUAUCGGUCCAAUAUUUGCUAUUCAAGAUCUGCUCAAGUAUCUUGAUAUUGAGAAAAGCGAUGUGGAUAUUUUUGAAAUGAACGAGGCUUUUGCUAGUCAGUCAAUUCACUGCAUUCGGGAGCUCGGCCUCGACAUGGCCAAAGUAAAUCCCAAUGGCGGUGCUAUCGCUCUAGGCCAUCCAAUAGGUGCCACGGGGGCUAGACAAACCGCAACGUUGCUGGCUGAACUACAGCGACAGGACAAGGAGCUGGGUAUCGUUAGCAUGUGUGCCAGUACGGGAAUGGGGGUAGCAUCCCUGUUCAUUAGGGAGGGAUGA